AUGUUCUUUCUGCCCAAGAUCCUUGCUCGUGCCGACGACGAGCCGCCCGUGUCCGGAGCGGCAUUUGCGUCCGCCAACGAGAAGAAUGUUGCCGACACUAACAAUGCGACGACCGUGGCAAAGACGGAUUCAAGCCGUGAUGAUUCCUCCGCCGAGGCCCAGGCUGGUGUUUUGGAGAUGGAGGCAAUCUCCAAAGUAUGGAGCAGAAACCACGUCGUCAUAGCAUACGUCUUCAUCUGGAUCAUCUACUUCGUGGACUCGAUGCACUCCAGCAUGUCCUUCACGCUCACGGCCUACGUCACCAGCUCAUUUCGACAGCACGGACUCACGGCCACCACAAACGUCUUUGCAAACUUGAUCGGAGGUCUCUUCCGGCUGCCGCUGGCCAAGAUCCUCGACAUCUGGGGUCGGCCGCAGGGCUUCGCGUUAGUCGUCUUGUUCUUGGUCAUCGGCCUGGUCAUGAUGGCCGCCUGCCAAAAUGUCGAGACCUAUGCCGCGGCACAGGUCUUUUACUGGAUCGGGUGCGUUCUGUUCUGUUGCUCACCUGGCCGGUGCCGCUACUACGUUUCCAAAAAAACAAAGGGCAAACAAGCUAAUCCAGGCAUUGCCAGGUUCAACGGCAUCGCGUACACGCUGCAGGUCUUCAUUGCCGACACCUCGGAACUGAAGAACCGAGCCUUCUUCUUCGCCUUGACGACGUCGCCGUUUCUCAUCACGACGUGGGCCAGUGGCCCGGCAGCCAGUAGCUUCCUCACCGGCGCCGGCUGGAGAUGGGCCUUUGGGACCUUUUGCAUCGUCGUCCCGGUGGUGUGCUCCCCCAUUCUCGUGCUCUUCCUGUACAACCACUUCAAGGCCAAGAAGUUGGGUGCCUUGCCGCCGAGACGGCCCUCUGGACGGACGCCCUUGGAAAGUGUAAGGCACUACCUGAUUCAGUUUGACGUUGUCGGGCUGCUUUUGGCCGCGGCCGGUAUGGCGCUGUUCCUGCUGCCGUUCAACAUCUACCAGUUCCAGGCUGAGCAGUGGGGGUCCCCCAUGAUCAUUGCCAUGAUUGUCGUUGGCGUGGUUCUUCUCGUUGUCUUUGCCCUCUAUGAGAAGUACGUGGCGCCAGUGCAGUUCAUCCCUUACCAGCUGCUGGUGGACAGGACCGUCAUGGGCGCGUGCGUCUUGGGCGCCAUUGGCUUCAUCAGCUUUUACAUCUGGAACGGCUUCUUCUCGUCGUUUCUCCAGGUGGUUGUUGGCCUGACGGUGACGGAGGCGACAUACGUCGGACGAACCUACAACAUGGGAAGCUGCUUCUGGGCCCUCGUUGUCGGCGUCAUUGUUCGGUGGAGCGGCCGGUUCAAGUGGCUGGCAUUUUAUUUUGGCGUGCCGCUGAUGAUACUGGGAAUCGCCCUCAUGAUUCAGUUUCGCCAGCCUGGCGUCGACGUUGGCUACGUCGUCAUGUGCCAGGUCUUGAUCGCCGUGGCUGGCGGCACUCUUGUUAUUUGCGAGCAAAUGGCCGUCAUGGCUGCUGUCUCUCACCAGAACGUUGCUGUUGCGCUGGCAAUGCUGUCCAUGUUUACCAGCAUCGGGGGAGCUAUCGGGUCCAGCGUCUCUGGAGCCAUCUGGAAUGGCAUCUUUCCCAGCAAGGUGGCCGAGUAUCUGCCUCCGGAUACGAAAGACCAAGCGGCCCUCAUUGUUGGGAAUUUGUCCAAGCAGCUUGAGUAUCCCUGGGGGAGCCCGGCACGUGAGGCUAUCAUGGCUGCGUAUGGGGAUGCUCAGAGGGUUAUGCUGAGUUCGGCAACUGCCUUUGUGUGCUUGAGUAUAGUUGCCGUGGCGGUAUGGCGCGAUAUCAAGGUCAAAGACUUCAACAAGGUGAAGCAAACCGACGCAUAA